UUGGCUGAUUGAACCGGAAGUCCGUUUGAGGAGUCACAUGAGUCGUUUUACAGCAAAUAUUUCUGCAGCUCUUUCUGCUUUUUUUUGCAGUAAAAUACUUCAUAUUAAAGCUGAAGGAGGUUUAAAAACCCGAACAUGGACGAGGACGGGCUGCCGAUCGUCGGCUCCGGUGUUGAUCUCACCAAGGUUCCCGCCAUUCAGCAGAGAAGAGUCGUUGCCUAUCUCAAUCAGUUUGUCGUACACACAGUCCGGUUCCUGAACCGUUUCUCCACAGUUUGUGAAGAGAAACUUGCAAACAUAUCUCUCCGCAUACAGCAGAUUGAAACAACCCUGUGCAUUUUGGAAGCCAAGCUGUCCUCCAUUCCCGGGCUGGAGGAGGUCACAGUAGAUGGACUCAGUCAGCAGAAACCUGCUCAGGCAAACGGACCCACUAUCCCCAAUCAGAGCCAAGAAGGUCCACCAGCAGAGCCACUGCCUCCCGCAGAGCCAGCUCAGGCUGCACCAGAGGCUGCAACGACACAGAAAGCAGAAGCAGCUGCAGAGAACGUCAUGACAGUGGCCAAAGACCCACGUUACGCCCGAUACCUGAAAAUGGUUCAAGUGGGAGUUCCGGUUAUGGCUAUCAGGAACAAAAUGGUCUUGGAGGGUUUGGAUCCGAACUUGCUCGACACACCGGACGCCCCCGUGCCUGACGGAGGAGCGGGAAGCACUGAGGACCAAGACGUUGCCGCCACCAGUUCCGACAGCGAAUCAUCUUUCAGCGACUGACGGCUGCUCUUUGUUCCCAUCGAUGCAAAACUUCCCGUAAAGGCCUCCCAUCACUACUCUUUGAGCUUCUUUCCGCCUUUACUCACAAAGAGAAGCAGACUGCGAAGUAGUUUGCAGCGAGAAGGUGCAAAUGUAAGUGCCUGGAAACUUGAGAAUGCAACCACAGUGAUUGUAAUUUCAGCGUGAAGGAGCUGAAAGAGUUUCGCCUACGGUCGGGCUGUGACCUCGAUUUUGAUACGUUUAGCGUUUUUGAGAAAUGUAAAUGAAUAUUUAGAUUUCCCGUGAUGGUUCUGUUAGCAGUAGUCCUCAGAACAUGACAGUAGCAAGUACAUUUUGUACAGAAAAGUAAAAAAUUUUUGUUGUCACACUACUAUCAAAGUCUCCUUUAAGAGAUGCAUUUAUCAGUUUAAAGUCUUGCCUCUUUGUUUCAGUCUAGAUGAAAUACAAACAUAUGUUAGAUAACUUGUUUAAAACGUACAUUGUAUGUCUGUGUGUUGAGAUGAGGGAGAAGACUAUGACAAUAAUCUUUCAGUGUCGAUAAACAGUGCAUCACAGUAUCAGUUUGAUGGAAAGAGAAGUCACACGUCUCUCAGCGUGUGGCUUCACUUCUGAAAAAUCAGCUGUCAUUCUGGUGUAGUAAUGUUUUGACGUGCCGCCUGUUUAGUUUUUUUUCUUCAUUUUGAAUCAUCAAGUCGACAUGUGAUCAACAUCCAAGCAGAAGCUGUCUUAUCACGGAAACAAAUAGUUGUAAAUAGUUUCACUUGUUCGUCACAUCAAAGAGAGCGGAUAUUUUCUUUUCACCAGUUACUGGAAGAACAGAAACUGCAGUACACACUGGUGUAAAUCAUUUGUUGUGUUGUGUUGUCCCACUAGAUUCAGAAAAUAUUCAGACCACUCUGCUUUUUUUGCACACUAAUCGAUUUACACUUCAUGUUUUUUUUGGCCAUAAAUUCACGCACAAUAACGUCAAAGCAAACGUUUUGCUUGUUUAAUAAAAAAAAUUCCCAAAUUAAAUCUGAAUUACCUUCCAGAGCUGCUGCACGUGUCUUGAUUUUUAAUACAGAAAAAAACUCCAUUAUACACUACUCCACUAAAAGUUAGGCAUGUUUGACUUUCGGGUGAAAUUUGUGGAAAAUGUAUUUAUGUAGAAGCAUUUCUUCAUUUCAAACUAUUUAUUGAAACAAAUAAUUAGUGGUAGAUAUACCUCAACAAAAAAAGUUAAUGUCUCAGUGAUUUGUCAUGUAUCCUUGACUCAAAAAGACGUCUUACGCUGUUCACAAGUCGAUUUAUUGCAACUUGCUGUUGACACUCUAAGCUCAGUGGCAACUUCCCUCUGACUACAUCCUGUUUGUUGAUCGUGUCGUCUUGGUCUCAUGAUGUCAAAAUGUGAACAGCACGAUGAAGAGGACUGUUCAAAUACAAAUCGAAUCGAACCAAAACAUUUAACGGUCGAAUCCAUGGAUCAGAUACUUGUUGUGAUUUUUGCGGUUAACCACCUUGUUAGAGAACAACGUUGUUAUGCAACGAGUACUGAAACGUUGAAGAGUUGUACAUGUGCAUUCAAAAGUUUAGAGAAGGUCAAAUUAAAUUCACCUGUAAAGGUUAUGGUGGCUCUGAAAAAUUACAUCUGAAAGCCGAAUAUCCCUAACGUUUUGACAGAUAAUAAUGUAUCCCCUGCCUCUGCUUUAGCUCCCAUACGGCCUAUUUGACUAGUGACAUGUCUCGUAAUCUUCAAUAAUACGUGGACGCUCACUAACCUUUCUGGAAUGAAGCACUAAGAAGUAAAUCAGUGCAACUGCAGCUGUUUUUUCAUCACAUCAGGACUUAAAGGUCCAGUGUGUAGCAUUUAUUGGCAUCUAGCACUGUCUGUGGAUACAAACAGGGUAACGAAAACACAAGAUAUUUUAAUAUUCAGGUGAUAUAACUCUGAUAAAUACAUACUUCAUGUUGUAUUCAUGAGAUUUCUAUGAAUGGAUAUUACUCUUUAAUAACUGUGAAUGUUUUAGUGUCUGGAAAGCACUUUUACAAAAGAUCCAAAAUAAACAGUUUGCUUAUAAAAAAAGUCUUAAUCUUUAUUUGACAACAAUCCGUACAGUACAUGAUGUCAUAUGCAAAACAGUGCCAAUACAAAGUCAGAGAAUAAUAAAGAUAUUUUCCCUUUAUAGAUACAGUAUCUGUAGUGAGCAGGUAAUAAUCUGUGUACACGUUACAGCGCAGGAUUUUUCUCUACUAAUCCCAAAUUAUAGACUAGAUCCUUAACAGUGCCGGUCAGUGAAGCAUGUCACACGUCUUCUCUGUCAGCAUGUGAGACAUCUUCAGCAGCCUGACCGUACAAUAACAGUACAGACAGUUUUAUCCCCAAAUCAGCCUCUUCCCUUGUGCUUCCUAGUCUAUCUCCAGUGAUGUUACUUACUGUAAAAUAACAGCUACAGUAUCAGCAGUGGUUCCCAACCUGCGUCUUGAUAAUAUAUAAAAACAUUGACUAAAGGCAUCAUAGGUAAAUUAUACAAGGUGUAAGAGCCAUUUAAUCCAUAUUAGCUCUGUUUGGUAAUGCUGUAAGGUAA